AUGACCAGGCGUGGUGCGAGUGGUGCAUUGGCCCCGCGGAUCACGGUGGCCCGUCACGAGGCCCAGCUUGUUGGAGACGACUUGGUCGAAGGCAGUGGGACGCUAGAGAUCGAGCAUUUGGGCGAGGACCCGGCGUUGUUGGUGCUGAACCCCUGCGAGGUGGCGAUCAGUGAGGUUCGCUGGGAGAACAGUAUCUUUCCUGUGCAGAUGGGGCUCGACCCUCGUGGGAGAUGGGUGGUUGUCGUUCCUGGCAGCGGAACCCUGCACCUGACGUGGUCGCGGCGACUGCUCGAUGUGGGGCCCUCGGUCUACAAACUACCACUCCCGCUGCCGAGCGGGGCGAUGGCGACGUUGAAGCUGGAGUUGCCGGCGGAGUUUGAGGUGACUGGCGAGCACGCCUCGGUGGAGGCGUUGUGUGAGUCGGACGAUGAACUCGCUGCGGACGAAAGGUCGUGGCAGUGCGCUUUUGACGCCGCGAAAGACUCGGCCCUGCUGCUUCGGCAAGUGCGAGGCGAGGAAAGUCCCGCGCGGAGUGCCACCGUCUCCCAGUUGCUGGCUUAUCAAGUUACGCCGGAAGGGUUGGCGUUGAACUGUGAGCUUCUGCUUGAUGUGGGCAAUCAGUCGCUGACGCAAUUGGAGCUUGAGCUUGAUGCUCCGUUGCAGCUUGCCUCGGCGACUCUCGACCAAAGGGCGUUGCGUUGGAAGGCUAGUGAGACGACUGGCCCUGUGCAGCGUGUCACUCUUGAACUUGAAGAACCGGUGGUCGAAACGGCCCGCGUGCAAUUGCUGGCUUUGGCACCGCUCGAUCGGGACCGCUUAGCCCAAUUCCCUCGUAUUCGAGUGCGUGACAUUCUGUGGCGGCAAGGCUCCAUUCGCCUGGCUGCACUUUCCUCGCUGGUCAUCGACGACUUGGAGACCCACGGUUGUCGGCAGAUCUCGAGCGAGGCUGAUACUGACGGUCAGCAAUUCGAGUUUCAGAUGUUCUCCGCAGACGGGCAUGUCGAUGCGCUAGUGCGCCAGCGUGAGCAACGCGUGCAGGUUUCUUCGGCUUCGACCGUGGUGUUGGGGGUUAAUGAAAUUCGCAAUACGAUAUCGGUCGAGUUUACUGCGAGCGAAGGGCGUCGAUUCGAGUUGAGUGCUGAGGUGCUCCCGGGCUGGCAGGUUGUUUCUCUGGCGUCCGAUCCACCGGGGGCCGUCGAUAGUUGGCGGAUUGAGCCUGCUGGUGAGGCCGCGGACCAGCUUCUCAUUCGGCUGUCUCAGGGGCUUUCGGUUCAGCAACCGUUACGGCUCGUGGUGGAUGCCCGAAGGGCAGCUCCCGCGCGGGGCACUCCGAUCGGCGUUUCCGAGCUGGAGACGUUGCGAUUCAAUGAGGCCGAUCGCGGAGAUCAGCUUAUUGAGCUUCGUGCUGAAGACGGUUCUCGCUUGACGUUUCUUGCGGCGGAGAAUGCCACGCCGACCAGCUUUGCCGACCUCACGGCGGCACAGCGGCGUUUGUUUAGCAAAGAAGUCACGGCUCCGGUGUACUCGAUUGGUCGCGAUACCGAAUUGGUUGUGGCGUUGUCGCCACAGCAGCCGCGGUAUUCAGUCGCCAUCGACGCGAAGUUGGUGAUUGAGGGAAAAGAAGCUGUCGAGCAGACCGUGUUUCGCAUCACUCCCGAUACUCAACCACUUCAGCGGUUGCUGGUUCGUUUUUCUAAGCCGACGACGACGAAACGUAAUUGGUCGCUCGCGGGGCUAUUGGGCGAGCCGGUUGAGGUGCUUCCGCCUACCGAGGAAGAGCUUCAGCGUUUAGGCUCGGCGGCGGGUGAAUCGGCGGCAAUUGAAUUUUCUGAACCGCAGACAGUGCCGUUUGAGUUGUGGUCGGUACGGUCACUCGAUGCUACUAGCGCUGUGGAACUGGGUUUGGCGACCGUGCCCGAUGCUACGGAGCAGACGGGGCGGAUUACCAUCGAGGCUGCCCCGUCGCAGUCGAUUGCGAUUGGCCGCUCCCGGCUGGAACUAGAGAUUCCACAAGACAUCGAGAAUGGCCGGUACACCAACACGCGGGCAUCCUACCGGUUCGAUCCGCAGACCGACUUCGACCCUGCUCGCCCGGUGGUGCUGACGAUUGAGACAAACCCCGAGGAUCGCGGUAGUUCCGAUCUGAUUGUUUGGUCGUCGCGAGUCGAUAGCACGCUGGAGGUCUCUGGGCGUGGGAUGCACACGGCCCGUUACUGGCUGGAAAACUCGGGACAGAGUGAAUUGAAACUCACCGUGCCUGAGGGGUGUCAGGUCAACGGUGUUUGGGUCGAUGGUUUGCCCAUUUCACGGCGGGUCACUGAAGACGCACUCAUCGUUGCUCUUCCAGCAUCGCUGCGCUAUGUGGAAGUGUUGGUGCAGCUUGAAUCCUCGGGUGCUCCACUGGGGCUAACGAGCGUUCGAACCGCGGUCUGGCCUGAGCCGGAUGCUCCGGUCUUGUCGCGAGAGUCGACGAUUAGUGUUCCUGUCGAGUAUGAACUGUAUCCGGCCGGCUCUGGGCAAAGUUCUUCUGGUGUGUCGGGGGUUUCUUGGACUCAACGCUUGUUUGGGCCUUUGGGGCGUUCGCCUGAAGAAGAAGCCUUUGGUCCGGCGGAACUCGAGGGCUGGCUGAGCAGCGUGUCGCAAGCCGCGACUACGGAUACGAACUCUGGGCUGAAUGCCCUGCUGGCGCGGUUGGGGGUGGCGAUUGAAUCGACGAUGGUUACCUCCGACUCCGCGGACGGUGGUACGGCGACCUGGGGACAAUUGCUGGAAACCUGGAAUGCUGUCGCCGAAAGCGAGCAGACGCCGCUGCUGAUCGAUGUGCAUGCUCUCGCAGCCGUGGGGAUGAAUGCUGAGACGCCGCUGCUGCCGGUGGCUCGUUCGGUACCGCGGAAUCAGACCUUGGCACUGUUGCACCGUUCGCAACUGAUGCUGGUGCUGCAUGGACGAACGGUGAUCUUAACCUCGGCCGCGGCCAACGCUGCAGAGGCGUGGCGAGGUGAACCGGUCUAUGGAAAUACGGUCGUCCGUGACCGCGGAACUGAUUGGAACGAAGCGAUCGAGCAAGCAGAAGCUGGAUUGCCGGCACGAUUGGCCCCAGUGGCCGGCUGGAAACUUCGCAGCUAUUUGCCGUGGGGUGGUUCCGGUGGAGUUGGCAUCGAGAGCGAACUUGGGCGUGUGAAUACGAUCUCCACGGCCGAUCCAAAUGUCGCUGUGCGUUACCGGCUUGUCGACGAGACGCGGCUCAACUUAAUCGGUGGAGCGUUGUUUCUGGCCGUGUUGGCCGUCUCGCUCUGGCGUGGUCGACGCUAUCUACCAGUGUGCGUGGUGCUUACCGUGCUGUUCGCCUCAGCCGCGCUGGUUGUUCCCGCUUGGUUGGUGCCGGUCAGUUCUGCAAUGCUGCUGGGUGCUUUGGUUUUCUGGGGAAUCUACCUACUAGUCCCGGCAGGCGAAGUGAGGCAGGAGACAAGCCUGUCGCAGUUCGGCCGACCGGCGAUGAAUGUCGCCCGUUCCUUCUUGCUGUUGGCAUUGUUGUUUGCCGUGGGGCAUGGCGAACAAUCGUCGGCCCAAGACGGCGUGAACCAGGCGGCAGAGAAGAAGAGCACCCCGUGGAUCUUCGUGCCGGUGGACGAAGACGGCAAACCUACGGGCGAUCGCUACCAUGUGCCGUUGGAAUUCGAUCGACGCUUGCGGGCAUUUGUGUCGAUGGCCACCGAAAAGCCGCAGGGUUGGAUGCUGGGUGAGGUGAACUAUCGGGCGGCUUUCACUUGGGACGCGAGCGGAACCCGAUUGCAACUGGAGUCGUUGCGGGCCGUCUACCAAUUCGAAGUGUUAGACGCCUUGAGUACGGUGCAAUUGCCUCUGCCGGGCGGCGCGGGCAUUUCGAGUACUGUCUCGGCUCGCCGCAACGGUAGCGCGAUGGAACUGCCGUACGAUUCUGAUACGCUUACGUUUGCGGUGCCCGUGGUUCGCCGCGGUUCGCAUGAGCUUGAGGUUUCGCUGGCCGCCAUGGUGGAAGAAGGGGUGAUGGCCUCGGGCUUCUCGAUGCCUAUCCCGCAAGUGCCCACUUCGAAGGUGGUGGUGGAGUUGCCGGCCGAUGCCCCCGAGUUGGAAAUCGAUUCUGCUCUGGGGAGAGUGACUCGUUCGGCAGAUGCCUUGAAGGUGGAGGCCGACCUGGGGGGAAGCGAGUUUCUCACGUUGUCGUGGCCCAAUACGGCCAUGCGACGCGAGAUGCAGCCCAGCAGCGAAGUUGAUGAGUUGGUGUGGAUUCGAAUCGACCCCGACGCUGUUUUGGUCCAGGCGCAAUUUCAUCUGCGAGUCACUUCCGGCAGUGUCAAUCAAUUGGACGUGGAAGUUGAUCCGCGGUUGCGGCUGCUUCCGAUGGUGGGAGACGACUCGGUUGUUUCCAAGGCAGAGUACGUUGGCGACGAUGAGCAACUGAUCCGGUUCCAUCUCGAUCCGCCGGUAACCGAUGAGGCCACCAUCGAGGCCUCUUUCCUGCUGAGAAACGUUUCUGCCAUAGGACGGUUGAAUUUGCCGGAGAUGGCCGUGGUUGGUCAACGGCGACGUCAGCGAUUGCUGGCCGUGUCGCUGGCCCCCAUAUUUCGGGCCGACCGGGCGGAGGGCAAUGGUUUCGACGAAGUGCCCACGGCCGAUUAUCUGGCCCUGUGGGGAGAGGCAGCCAAGGUGCCUGAUCUGUCGUACCGGUUGGCCACUUCAGAUGUGGAGUGGAGUUUGCCGCUGCGUACGGCCGCUCCGCGGGUGACUGCUACCGAAUCGUUAACGGUUGAGUUCCAGCGGAAUCAUGCGGAAGUGGAAUUGCUGGUCGAUCUGGAAGCUGAAGUUGGCUCGACAUUCCAGUUGGAGGUUCGUGCCCCCGAGUCGCUAGAAGUCGAACUUGUUUCUACAGCGGUCGAACCACUGGUGAGACGAUGGACUCGACUUCCGUCGGGCGAUAUUGCCGUGUUCCUCGACGGGGCAAUGACGGGCCCACAGCAGUUGAGGCUUCGCGGCACGCUUCCGACGCCCGCCGAGGGUAAGUUCGUCAUCCCGGAUAUGGGGAUGAUUGGCUGCGAAAUGACUGAACGGCGCAUCGAUGUGUAUCGUCGUCCUUCGGUAUUAGUAACGCCGCAGGUGGCGGAAGCGUUUUCAGGGGAGUUGAUUGACGUGCCGGCCGCGACAACGUCGCCGCGGCGGUUGGUUGCUUCGAUGGUCGGAAAUGCCGUGCUCCGCGAGUUGCCUGUGGAGCUGGCUGUGAAUCAGCCUCAGGCUGAGGUGACCUUGGUGACCUCGCUGGUGCGAACCGAGGAGCUCUGGAAGGCAGAAGUCGACUGCCUGCUCGAGGUGCGGCAGGGCUUGGUCGACCUGUUGAAGCUUGAAGUGCCGGAGAAUUGGGAAGCCCCGUUGCAGCUCGAUCCGCCGCUUCCGCAUUGGAUUGUGCCAGCUUCGGGGCAACGGCCUGCGAUGUUGAUGAUUCGGCCCAAUGCGGCGAUUGAUCGUCAGCUACGGCUCCGCAUCACUAGCGCCUUGGAUAUUAGUUCGGGUCAGCGUGUGACGGCUCCGACGGUAGCGGCAGUGGAUGUGCAACGCAGCCGAAGUUUCAUUCGUUUGCCCGACUUGGCGGCUACCCAGCGAUUGGAAUGGGAGACCCGGGGAUUGCUCCCUUCGGUGCUGCCGGAUGUGAUGCUGGAGAGUGAAGGUGCACGAAUGCAGCAAGCCGGAACGGUUUACGAGGUGGUCGGGAACGAUGUGCAGGCUGUGCUGCGGUCUACGAGUAAAGGGAAUGAGGAACCGGUGGUGUGGUUGGCUCAGGUUGGAGUGGUGAUGCAUGCCGACGACGCUUGCUAUGGUGUGGCCACAUUUGAUAUCGACCCCUCGGGCGCGGAGAGUUGCCCGUUGGAAUUGCCUGAAGGCUAUGAGCUUCUUCGGGCUCGGCUGGGAGAUCAUCCGGCUACCUACACCCAAAAGGGGCCUGGCCAGUGGGAAGUAAUGUUGGGGGCCAGCGACUUGCCGCAGCAGCUCGAGGUUCUCUAUCGCCGCACCAGCGACGAAACCGGCACUGGCGGCAUGGCCGCGCCAACGCUGGGAACGCUGCCGGUUCAGCGGACGAUAUGGACGACUUACACAGCACCCGGGGCCUCGUUUGUGCCCGAGAACUCGGCGGCCGAUUUCGAGCGGAGCCUUGAGUUCGACCUGAUUCGUUUGGGCAGUCUGGAAUCUUCGAUGCGGGCAGCGACCGAGGUUCAAGUCGAACAUCCUGCGGACGAAAUCGAGCGAUGGGCCGAACCCUGGUUGCGGCGGUGGAUGGAAGCUCGGGCACAGUUGGAGCAGAAGCUGAGGCUUUCUCCAGCGGUUCAAGAGAAUCCGGCGUUACGGGCCGAGAUCACUCUGCUCGACGUCGAACAUGCUGAGGCGAUCGAUGCAUUAAAGCUGGGAGAACUCAACGAACGGCUGUCGCAGGAGCAGGCGUUGGGUGCGUUCACGUCGGAUCUAUUCGAGGUAAGCACACUGCCCGAGUAUGUCGUCCAUCAAGUUUCGUCCGAUGGGCGAUUGAGUGAACUUGCGUUGGUGCCGAGGGGUGGGCUUGCGAGCGGUCUGUGGAGAAUAUUGGCGAUUGUCGCGGCGGCUGUAUUUGGUACCUGGUGGCUUUUAAGUUUCGAUCGCAGGGUCCGUCUGUUGCGAUUUACGAGGCGCUGGUCGCUUUCGUUGAUUGUGACCGGGGGGAUUCUGUGGUGGCUGUUCUUGUCGCCUAGCUGGCUUGGCUGGGUGGUAGUAAUCGCAGCCCUCUGGUAUGCGGUGAAACCGCGUGCAAGUGGGACCGCAAGCAGUAUGCCCCGUUCGGCUCGCGGAAGGAUCUGUCUUAGAGCCGCUCUUCUUGGAUUUCGCAAUUUCGCAGUAUGGCCGACAAGGAAGGAGGCCGCGAUGAGUCUGGCGCCUCAUCAAGAACUUCGCGUGCACAUUCGUUGGAUGAUCCGUCGAGAUAUGCCCGAGGUCUUGGACAUUGAAAGUGAAAGCUUCGAGUUCCCAUGGCUCGAGGACGAUUUCAUUCGAUGUCUCCGUCAGCGAAAUUGCAUCGGGAUGGUAGCCGAGCACGAAGACAAGGUCGUGGGGUUCAUGAUCUAUGAACUGCACAAGACCCGGCUGCACAUUCUCAACUUCGCCGUGGCCGAAGCCUAUCGGAUGCAAGGCGUGGGCCGACAAAUGGCCUCGAAGCUGAUCAGCAAGCUUUCGCAGCAGCGACGCUCGCGGAUUGUGCUUGAAGUUCGUGAGACGAAUUUGCCGGCACAGUUGUUCUUCAAACACCAAGGCUUUCGCGCCGUGACCGUGUUGCGUGACUUCUACGACGACACGCCGGAAGACGCCUACAUCAUGCAGUAUCGCUGUCGCGAUAAUUCUGCAGAGGUUGACCCCGGGCAAAUCCGCCGGAUGGCAGGCUAA